AUGGAUGGAAACAAUGGUAUCGUACCCAUUGCAAUGGGAGUGGGGAAGACAGAAAGUGGCACGUCAUGGACAUGGUUUUUACGUAAGCUUAGGCAGUGUAUCGGUGAUGUGCCCAAUUUAACCUUCGUCACCAAUAGGACUGCCUCUAUCGACCUGGCCAUACGAACUGUAUUUCCUUCUGCGCACCACAGACUUUGUUGUCGGCAUCUGAGCCAAAACCUCCGCCUAAACUCUACUAAAGAGAAAAGAAAACGAUGGAUUUUCUGGGAGGCAUGCAAAGCUUACCGAUUGUCGGACUUUGAAGCUACUAUGGAUUUGAUGCGACACAGUCUACCUAGAGCCGCUCAAUAUCUUGAGGAAGUUGGCUACGCUAGAUGGGCACGAUCGCACUUCCCUGGAUUGCGUUACAGUGCAAUGACGUCAAAUAGUGCUGAGUCCGUCAACUCAGUAACGCGGUUUGCAUGCUAUCUUCCGAUAACAAUGUUAGUUGAAUUUUAUCGGGCGACAUUACAACAAUGGUAUUUCAUACGUCGGCAUAACGGAGCGCAAAUGAUGAAUGCCGUGACUCCUUGGGCGGAGGCCAAAUUAGAGAAGAGAAUAUAUAGGAGCGCAAAUUGGAAGGUAUAUCCCAUUAGCGAUUUGUUGUUUGAAGUUGACGACCGCUAUAAGAAAGGAACGUGUGACUUGCAUGCUAAGACUUGUACAUGCAUGCAAUGGCAACUUUCUGGAAUAGCUUGCGGUCAUGUGAUUUCUGUUGCUCGAAGUUUAGAUAUUCAAGACUGCAGUCAAUUCUGUUCUGUUUGGUUCAAUUCUGACUCUUACCGUGCAACAUACGAGGAAGAAGUCAUUCCCCUUCCACCAGAAGCUGAAUAUGUGUUGCCCAAYGAACGUUUGACCGUCCUACCCCCUCCCUUGGACAUACAAAACUCAGGCAGGCCACGCAACCGCGAUCGUAUCCCGUCACGAGACGAGGAACCAAUAGUGAAAACUUGCAGUCGAUGCGGCCAGAGUGGACAUUUUCGAUAUAACUGUCCGAGUCCGAUGCCAGCUCCUAGGCAAACGCAUGGAAGUUCAAGUAGUCGUCAAAGAUCAGUUAGUCGUCCAAGCGAUUGUGGUCCGUCUGAAUCUGAUACUACACAAGACUAUGUAUUUGAUACUUACGAUUUAAGUAAGUAA